UCGAGAUUAGAAUAGGCAACCUUCAAGUUUAUGGAUGAUUUGGCCAGUUUUGAGUUCAUCCCUUUCUCCCCUCAUGGUACUGAAUUGAAGAGAUAUCAAAAUUGGUGGGUGAGCAACAUGGAAGUUUAUUUGGCCAUCUCCUCUCAAAACCUAUUGGAGGUGCUGGAUGUGCCCAAGCCCAAAGAAGCUGAGACUGUCAUUUCUUCCACUAUUCCAAUUAUAGUAACUGCUACAACUCAGUUUACUUCUGCUGCUUCAAUUCCUCCCAGAGUCACUCGAAGUGGUCAACAACAAAAGAAGAAGAGACUCUUUGAGCUAGAAAGGGAAAAAACUGAACUUCCAGAGAUGGAGAAAGAAGAAAAUGAUCAAGAACAGGAGUCUCCCUUGAAAAGAAACAAAAGAGACCCUCAAUUGGCUCAAGAGGGGAUAGUCGCUAGGGAAGAAGAGGAGAAGCUCACUUUUGAAGAGUCUGGACCCCAACCUAAAAAGGUCGAGAAGACAAUGGAGGAGCGAAUGAUUCCAACUCAAAGGAAAAGGAGAAGAAAAAUUACCGUUUCUCCUUCCGAUUUUACCGAAGAUUCUGAUUCCGAGACAAUUGCUCAAGUAAUAGAAAAGAGGAGGAGGAUCACUGUUCUAGCUACCAGCUCGUUUGAAGAUCCCAUCCAUGAGGUUGCAGAACAAGAAUAUCUCAAAGCCAUAGUUGUUCUUGAAAGAGCUGAGGAGAGGCAGCAGCAACAAUUCCUUGGGACAAGUAAGUUUCUGCAUGCCUUUAUUCUUUUCUUGUCGACUUUUCAAGACUAAGACUUGACAUUACCUCACAUUUUCUUCUUUUUACAGCAACGACCACUGCAUUAAUCUUCCCAACGGAAACUUCCCCAAUUUCAGUCGAAGUUGAUCAGAUGCAACGCGUGAAAACCAUUCAAAUCGCGCUCCCACUUCCUAAGCCUAUACUCGAUACGUCUUUACCGAGGCCGAGUAUCCCUGCAUCUCUUUUCCUUGGCUUAGAGCCAUACCUCCCUUUCUUGACUCUUGAUCUGCCUCAGUUUGUUUCUUCGAUCUUCACUCUUCCUCCUACUGCUACUUCAUCUCGCAUGGUAGUUGAUUCUUCUUUAGGGGAUACCGAUAAUUUUCCAAUUCAUGACUCAUCACCAAUGCCUACUUUCAGCCCUUCCUCACUUGAUUUGCUGGUGGCCAAGACCAUAGAGGCUGCCAAAGAUGCUCCAUCUGUUUCUCCCAUCCCUAUGCAGCCCUUUGUGUCUUCCACCACAACACUCUCUAUGCCCUUCAUGUCAAGGGAUGAGGUAGACAUUUUUGAAGAAAGACUAGCUAGUCUUUUUGACAUUCCUUCUACCUCUCCUACUUCUACUACUGAAGCUGAGCCAUUAGCCUUGGCUAACUCCCUUUUGGAAAUCUUCGAGAGUUCUCCUUCCUCCAGAAACAAGCCUUUUGUACCUUUAGUAGAUUUGGACACAUGCUUGCAACUGUUGACUUCUUUUUCGAGGAUCCCCUUCGAGGCUCUACAAAGGCCUAUCAUCAGGAACGGGUUCCUUCAAUGCUGUAACAUUGCGGAGCAGUCUGCCAUGAGUGUUUCAAGUCAUCUAUCUCAGGCUGCGGCUACUAUUGAUUUCUAUCUCAAUAUUUGCCAUGCUGCUAAAGCUGCGGAUGAUAAGCUGGUUAAGGACCAGAGUUUUGUUUCUCAGGUGCAUACUGAAGUAUCAACUCUGAAAGAACAACACUCUUCUGCCUCCCACUUUCGAGUCCAACUUCUGAAGAAGAAAGCUCAGCUCGAAGAGGAGUUAGCUGCAGUAAACCAAGCCUUGGUUCGAACUGAUAAGAAAUUGCACAUCACCAAUCAAGGACUGGCUGAUCGAAAAGAAAACAUGGCUGCAGCUAUUCAAUUAUUUCCUUCCCUUAGUAAUAGGAAAGCUAUUGUACAGAAACAAUUAAAGCAUUGUAAUGAUUUUUGGGCCAACUUGUGGCAUAAUGUACUUGAUUCUUUAUGAAAGCACACUAUUUUGAAUAUAA